AUGCUCCCGACUCACUUUGCCAUUCCUGUCCUCAGCUCGCAGCAUGCCGACGACGUUCACCGCGACAACGACGACAUGACGGCUCGGCAUCAGAAUGGCGCCAACACAUAUCCACCUCUGGCAUCAGCAAAUGGCAGUCGUCUCGAGGUCAACCAUGCUCCUUCAAAUCCCACGGUGAAGAAGCUUCUAGGCUCUCGAGGCAUCGCCUCACUCACCAUCGACACGGGACCUCUAUCACGGCAGACCGCAAGGAAGAACCUCACAGCAACGGAAGCAUCACCGACCGUUUCCACUGCUGCUCCCGUCACAGCAAAACGAGGUCGAUGGCACACGGUCGAGUUCAAGUUUUACUACCUCGUCUUUGCCAUCGCGGUGCCGUUGAUGGUGUACGUACCCGUCCGUCUCAGUCGACCGUCGAAUCCGAACUUUUACUCGUACUCCGGCCACCUAAAACCAGGCUGGAUCGCAGGCAGGUUGCGCGAUGACAGUGACUUUCAGUAUCGCUCGUUUCGCGACUACGUUCCGGCGUUGAUAGGUAUCAUGGGUGUGUAUCUCUUACUUUCCAAAUCGUUCACCUUGUUGCCCUCGCCCACAUCAGCGCAAUAUACCCGCGUCGGCAAUGACAACAACAACAGCAUUGCACCACCGUCAGUCAAACCCAACAGGAUCGUGUUCCUGGCCGUCUUCACCGCCAUCUUUAUCUUUGCUUUGCACGGAUUCAACUCGCUCAAGCUGCUGUUGGUGCUGGCGAUCAACUACGGCUUGUCGAAAGCGCUUGGUGGGACGAGGAUCGCGCCAGCCGUGGCGUUUGCAUUCAACAUUGGCGCGCUGUUCGCAGUGCACUGGAACGACGGGUUCGAGUACAGUGCUAUCUCACCGGGGUUGAGCUUCCUCGAGGUGUUCAAAGGGUUGCUGCCGCGCUGGCAGAUCAACUUCAACAUCACGAUGCUCAGAUUGGUCUCGUUCGCCAUGGACUAUCACUGGGCGAAGUGCGACGCCAACGCAGGGGCACAAGCUGGGAGGGCGAUGAGCGAGACGCUGCGGGAAGGCAAAGAGGCGACGUACCAAGAACGUACGCGCCUCACACGACAUCUGGAAGAAUACAGCGUGGGUAACUACCUGCUGUACGUCCUGUAUCCUCCGCUGUUCAUCGCCGGACCCAUCAUGACGUUCAACGACUUUACUCAUCAGCUGCGCCACCCCUGUCGCAUUGAAACGUCCACGGUGGUGCGCUACGCCAUCCGCUUCGUUGUGUCGCUGAUGACGAUGGAGCUGAUCCUGCAUUUCGUAUACGUCAACGCGAUCAAGGACUCGAAAGCGUGGGUCGGAGCUACACCGCUCGAGCUAUCCAUGAUCGGAUUCUGGAACCUGAUCAUCGUCUGGCUCAAACUACUCAUCCCAUGGCGAUUCUUCCGCCUCUGGGCUAUGGCAGACGGCGUCGAAGCUCCGGAGAACAUGGUACGCUGCAUGGCCAACAACUACUCGACGCUCGGAUUCUGGCGCUCCUGGCAUCGAUCGUACAACCUCUGGAUCGUACGAUACAUCUACGUACCCUUGGGUGGGAGUCGCAACCAGGUGCCCGCAACGCUGCUCGUCUUCACGUUCGUCGCGCUGUGGCACGAUCUCAGUCUGAAACUGCUGGCGUGGGGUUGGCUGAUCACGUUCUUCAUCGUACCCGAGAUCGUAGCGAGGAAGGCGUUGCCGUACAAAGAGUACGGCGAUACGUGGUGGUUCCGACACGUGGCUGCGCUGGGAGGGGUGGCGAACGUGCUGAUGAUGAUGACGGACGAAGCAUUGCGCCGUUUCAUGCUCUGCUGUGACGAUCAGCAGCCGAAGCUCUUCUUUCAGCCCCGAUGCAAGCUGGCUGAAUUCUGA